AGAUGAGGAUGCGCAGAAGCGGUACCAAAGGCCACAGUCACAACUCUGUCACUACUGUCACCGACAAUAAGAUGACAGACGCGGGGCUCAUCUACAAGUCAUUGGAUCACAGGGGCUGGCGGAGGGUGCUGUUACUAGUCAUCGCCAUUACCGUACACAACAUUCCAGAGGGCUUGGCGGUCGGCGUCAGCUUUGGGGCUGUGGGCAAGUCGGAUUCAGCGACCUUCGAAAAAGCCCGUAACCUGGCUAUCGGCAUCGGCAUUCAGAACUUCCCUGAAGGUCUGGCGGUGAGCCUUCCGCUGGCUGCCUUCGGCUACUCCAAGAUUCGCUCAUUUAUCUACGGUCAGCUGAGCGGCAUGGUCGAGCCGGUGUUCGCAGUCAUCGGAGCCCUGUGCGUAAACUUCAUGCAAAGCGUUCUGCCGUUCGCUCUCGCGUUUGCCGCCGGCGCCAUGGUCUAUGUGGUGUUUGAUGAUGUCAUCCCUGAGGCGCACAGUCGUCAUAGCUCUCCAAUGACCACUUGGAUGGUCAUUCUC